GGCGUUACCUAGCUGCUUUUCUGUUAACUUAUGAAUGGAGUCUACCAGAGUGUAGCCCUACUUUGGUCCUCCUAAAACACGCCAUUCGGCGUGAAGGAGGCGGGCCCAUGGUUGCAGUAGUGUGAUGUCUAUGCUUAGAGCAUUUCAAGGCUCACGGACAGGGGCUCAGCAGGAAGAAAGUUCCCGUCAAAUUGGGAUAGAAGCGAAGCCUUGGUCAAGGGCAGGAUGGUCAAGGGAGCAGCUGCGUUCGCACUGGCCUCACCUCACACUUCAGCAGGUCGAGCUACUUCGGGAGGUAUUCCAGCUGUUUGACACGGAGGAUAAGGGAUACUUCACAAAGGAUGAUCUGUACUUCGUUAUGGAGGCGAUGGGCGGUAGCCCAACUCCUCAGGAACUGGAUGCUGUCAUGUAUGAGCUGGACAGCAACGGAGACGAAGUCGUGGACUUUCCCGAGUUUCUCACAAAGUUCCUAACAGCGACGGAUGAGAAGGAGCUGCUGCAGGUGUUCCACCAGCUUGCCAUCCAGGAGGGCGAAGGGGAUGACGACCGAGUGGUCACCCUCACGGCAAUGGAACGCAGCUUCCAGUUUGUCGGUGACCCGCUGUCCGAUGAGGACAAAAGGUACCUCAAAAUCAUCUUUGACGGUGCCGACAAGGACGGUAACGGGCGCCUGGACAUCAAGGAGUUCACCGCCUACCUGGAGAAGAUGGACGAUGAGCUCUUCAUGGGCCAGGAGGGCAUCGGCAACCUAGCCAUGCUCCUCGCACAGCAGCAAUUCACACACGCCCGCAAAGGCGGACGCACCUCACGCGCGCAGUCCCGCGGCGGCGGCGGCGGCGAGGGCGACAUGGACCUGGGAGACAGCGAUAUCGCCGCCAUGGCUCGCCGCGCGCUGAGCAUCAGCGGCGUCCCUUGGUUGCAGCACAAUGACGACCCGGACAGCGGGGCUGCCACCCCGGGGAGCCGUCGCUCCACCAUAUUCUCCAAGUUUCGCGCGGCCAGGCAGCGCCGUACCAGUGCCAGUGCCGGCAGCUUUGCAGCCCUGGCCAGCCACCUGGCGGCCCCCUGGGCUAGCGGGGGCUCCCAGACCCGCCGUACGGGUAGCCUCGGGCACGCCCGUACGGCACCCAAUCCGGGCUUCCUGCCGCCUGCGUCCUCCUUUGGUGCGGUAUCUCGGUCCAGUGCCAACCUGGCGUACUUGUCGCCCACGGGGCAGCAUUCGGGGUACGACUCACUCAGGCGGAUGGAGAGCUCGGGCGGGGAGAUUGGCGGGUUGCCGGGCUCGGAGCACUCCGGGGCGGUGCCGGCGGUGGCGGCGUUGCCGUCGCCGCAGGGCAUGUCGUCAUCCGCAGUAGGAGCUCCUCCUCCUGCCCUUGCGAAUGGUGGGAUGGGCGGGGUUGGUGCCGGAGGCGGCUCCGUUGCAGCAGCAGCAGCGGCGGCUGGGGCACCAGCAGCAGUAGCAGCGACAGCACAAAGGGCAGGCAGGCGGUCCUCCUGGGAGGAUUCCGGUGUCAUCGCCUCGGGUGCCCUGCCCGGUUUUGGUGGCAGUGGCGGCUUGGAGUCUCCCUCGCCGCAGCCCUCGCCGUCGCUGUCGCCGCAGCCCCGGCAUCAUCUGCACCUGCAGCUGCCGCCGCAACCACCGCCACCGCAGCAGCAGCAGCAGCGCAGUCCGCUUUCGUCCAUGCCCUCAUCCCCUCGCUCCUCUCUCAUCUCCCCCCAGGCUCAAAGCGUGUUGCUGCCUCGCGGCGAUUCGCUGGAUCGCAGUGCGGUUGCCGCGGCAGCAGCUGCGGCUGCUGCUGCCGCCGGCGCCACAUCGCCUGGUCCCUCCAGCAGCGGAGCCGCAUGGCCGGACGGUGGAGCGGCUUCGGAGCUGAGGGGCAGCGGCCGCCGCGUGUUCAACAGCAUGGCUUCCAUGGGGCACCUGCGGGCAAGUGUCAUUCAGGAGGCGCCUGAGGAGGGCGAGUCGGGGCACUUCAUGGCUGCAGCAGCAGCGGCGGAGGAGGAGGCCGCUGCGGCGGCUGCCCCGCUACCCCACCCAGCAACAUCGGAUGCGCACACCAGCAACAGCGGCGGGGUGACCAGCGCGCAUGGAGGCGGCGGCGUGCCGCAGGCGUCCAGUUUCAACCGCCUGUGCUCCUUCCCGGACCGGCUUUCCUCUCCGCGACCCAGCAGCGUUACGGACGGGAGUGCUGCCCUGGAGGGCGGCGCCCUCGCUGAUGCUGGGCCCGUUGGCAGCGCCCGCGGCAGCGCGCCCCUUCCCCGGCCCAGACGGACGGGUAGCGCGGGUGACGGACGACGCGGCGCUCCCGCCCCUGGGUCUCGCAUUAGCGGGCUCAUGGCUGCGAUGUUUGGGCGGCAGCGGAGCUUGGGACAUGGGCAAGUAGGGCCGGUGGUGUUCGGGGCAGCCGGAGGGCCGCUGGUGCCGCCCAGCCCGCAGCGGUCGCGGCUGCAGGAGUCCACCUCAGCGGGGGCGGCAGCAGCAUGGGCGGCGGGUGGUCCCCUGUCCCACCAGCUAUCGCACCAGCUGUCCCACCAGCUAUCGCAGCUGCCCAUGUCGACGUCACCCGUUGAGCGGGGUGGGGAGGUGCUCAGCGCGGGGAGCGAGUCGGGGGCGGCGAUGGCGGAGGCUGAGGCGUCGGCGGCAGCAGCAGCAGCGAACUCGGGAGGCGCAUGGGGGCUGGCUGCAGGGGCUUGGGCAGCUGUGGAGUGGUUUCGGCGCGGUAGCGGCAGCGGGCGGGGCUGGUUUGGAUCGCAUCGGCUGUCUGAGAACCAGCGAAGUGAGAGCAUGGCGGCAGGAGCCGCUGGGCCCUCCUCGGCCUCGGCCGCAGCAGCAGCGGGGGAAGCAGCGACGGCACCAGGCGCCGCGCCGGGUGCCACCUCUCGCAGGGGUCUAGCCGCGCCGCCUAUGGCAGCAGCAUCCACAGCAACUGCUCCUGGUGCAGAUGCAGCAGGCCAGACCUCGGCUCGCCCUGGCGGGGCAGCAGCCCCGGAAUCCGACAGCGGCGUUCCGCCAUCCACCGCCGUACGGAUCGACAUCGGCCUUCCUCCAUCUUCUCCCAGCUGGGUCUCCCGAGCUGCCCAUGUGGCCUCCAUGCUCGCCUUCCGUCGCACCCCCAGUUCCUCGCAUGCCGCCUCUGAGUCCGCCUCCCCCUUCACCACAUCCGGCAUGCCUGCGCAGCAUCCCCCCCUGGAGGCGCCCUCAGCCUCAUGGACGGCUCCCCUGCCUGAACCGCGGCGGCUCCUGCGCGUGCGGUCCGGGCAGGAGGUGGAGCCCACACGGCCGGACUCGUCACGAGGGGGUCAGCCGGUGCUGUUCCGCUGCGGCAGCAUCGGUUCAAACAGUCCCCUAGGCGGCUCAUCCCAGCGUGGUAGUCCCACAUCCCCCGCAGCGAUGCAGUCUCUCCGGCACCAGCUGGGACCCCAUGUGGCCGGUGCGCCAUACCAGACCCCGCAGCCACACUACCCGCAGCCGCACUAUCCGCAGCAGCCGCACCUGCAACCGCAUCCCCAUCCGCAUAGGUUGAGCCAACAGGGCUGGCCACACCUGCCGCAGCAUCAGCACCCGCGAGAGCAGCGCGGCAGCGCGGCUUCCUUCCAAGGCAGGCGCGAGGAACACAGCAGGCUGCAGCAGCAGCACCAGCAGCAGCCGUUGCAGCACCAGCAGCAGCCACCGCCGCUGCCUCGGCAGCCGCAUUGGCGCAGAAGAUCGGAGGAUUGGGGCCAGGGCGUGAUGUCGCGCGCUGCCCAAGCACGAGUUGAGGGAGGCUGGCGGGCAAACGGUGCAGGGGGAUUUAUGACUGAAACGUCACCGCUAGCCGCUGGCGGAUCAGGCCCAGGCGCCAUCAGCUAUGGGCCUAGGGGCCCGGAAUGGGCGCCUGCUGGGGAGGCGGCUGUUUCCCCUGGAUCCGGCGUUGGAUCUGGAUCUCAGUGGGCAUUACGAGCCGUGGAACCAGCUAUGUACCCGGCCGGAUCAAGCAGUCGCUCGCAGCGGUUGCCGCUCCGGAGCCUCAGCCGUGGACACAACAGUUCUGGCCCGGGUGUCAGUCUUGGAGCUUCGGAGAACCCAUUAAAUGCACAGCAGCAGUACGAACAGCAGCAUCUACAGCAGCAUCUACAGCAGCACCUACAGCAGCACCUGCAGCAGCCAGCUUUGUCGUGGUCUGGGCGGUUGUCACCGGGUCCCUCCCUCGCCUCCCAGGAAGUGCUCCUCUCACACGAGCACUCCAGGCUGCGGCACUGCCAACAGCAGCAAGAGGAAAGCGUAGUGGAAGAAGAGGAGGACCAGCGCCGUACCCCGCACCCGCACCCACAGCAGCAGCGGCGGCGGCGGCUGGAUCUGCUGCAUCGGAGCCUGUCUGAAAGGCCUCCUGGGUGGGAAGAUCGCCGCGAGGCGCUGCGCGAGCCCGGCUUCGCAGCACCUGCCCCCGGCGGCACCCCGCACCACGCGGUUGCUGUCGGUGACACCCCACCAUUCCACAGGACGGCUUCAGCCAGCCGAGCGGCUAGCAGUGCACGACAGCCGGAUUUCACAGGGGCGCCCGCAGUCCAGCAUGCUGGCAAAGCUUGGACAGGAGGUGCGCAGGAGGGUGCCGCUGGAGGCAGCAGCGGCGGCGGCGGUGGUGGUGGUGGUGCCACAGCUGCUGGCGGCGGUGCCGCCGGAGCCGUUGGAGGCGUGCUCCGCUCGGCGCCGGCGCCGGCUUUACUGGAGACGUUUCCCGAGCUUGACGCUGCUCCUGACUAGCAUGGAUGCAUGGUGCAUAGGCGCAUAUGCAUGGAUGCAUGGUUAGGUGGGGCGCAUGCAUGGUACGUGGUGAUCUGGUGGGCAUGGUAAUGGAUGAUGCUGGGAUGUUGUGGUGGGGUUCAGGGCUUGUAGGGAUGGCGUUGCUGUUGCGUUUGAACGCUGUUGCUGUUACCAGACUACUGCGUUGUCACAUGUCCAGAGGUGGCCGCGGCAUUGGUGGCCAGGCAUGGCGCUUCCAAGGGUUUGGGAUUUGGAAGUGCAAUGGACACCAAAGCGGCGGGGGAGGCCGUGGGGUCUUGGUAGUGUACUCAAGUGCUGAUCUGGUAAAGCUUGCCGCUGGUAAGUGGCGGAAGAAAUGGGUGAGAGGUUGCGUACAGUUGUCGAAAGACGGUACCGAUAUGCGAGAGUGAGCACAUGACAGAGAAAGGGGACGAACCCGUGCCGAUAAAGCGCUUGAGACAGCGAGGGAGGAGAGAGUGUUGCAGAAGAUUGAUAGUCCGUCGUGCAUUGUUUGGGAGGGAAGGCGGCCUGCCUUGGGACGCAAAAUCGCCACGGCCGUUCAGUUGCCAGGUCGUGGUUGAGGGCUGUCGAUGGUGCGUGGCUGGGCUGGAUUUGGUUCGGUUGGUUAGCUGCAUGCCAAGUGGUGGAGGAAGACUGCACACUGCUUUGUGAACUGAUACCGGUAGUGUUUGUACUAUGUGCCUUAACAAACCGCACUGACCAUGUGCCAUGCAGACGGCUAUGGCUUUAGCUAUGAACUACGAACUCUGUUAGUUGACAGGAUUUGGGCGGGUGCAUGACAAGAGACCUCAGAGGAUUACCAGUACAGUGGUAAGCGAGCGGUCUGUCAGCUAGUACGGGGGGUAUUCCCUGUGUCACGGCGACUGGCGGAUAGGUGGUGGCUACACUGGCUUUAUAAUAGUGUUACAGGGACGCCGUUUGUCAUUUGUGUUCGCUUAAGACGUUGGCUUUUAGUUAGAACUCCUAGUGAUGGGACGCGGGUGGAAACCGUUCGCGAAUGCUUCAAUGGCGCUGCUACCUCAACAUUCAUGACCCCUGUUGGUGUGUGGCCAUCCCUAAACUACUGGCUGGUUUCGUAGGGGCGCAUUUUAUUUCCCUUCGGUGGGCGUGAUGGAGUGUGGCUGCCUCCGUAGUUUGCUCCUUACUGUGCGCCUCUUGGGUUUAUUAGCAUACAUCUUGAACAACGGACAGAACUUGGCGUGCGUAUUGCACCGAAUAUAAAGCCAUGUGGGCAUGAACUUGUUGUCCGUAUUCAUGGUACCACGUAGCUACGAUGUGUGGCCCGGUGUCUUUGAAACAGGUUUAGGCAACUGGUCGCAUUUGACGUGGCUGAAAUAAGAACAGCGAUGGAACCCCUGCUGUCAUGUUUUUGUGCUCCGUUGUGCUCCCUGAUCGUGCAUUCUUGUGAAGCGCUGCAUGCCAGGAAUCUCCAAGGCGUGAAGUGAUCC